AUGAAUCAGGUUGAUGAUUAUGAGUACUUUUGUCAUAGUUGUGAAGAUGUGAAACGAACUAGCGAUAUCGAAAUUAUAUACGAUGGGGAGAUAAAAUGUAAAAGCUGCAAUCACGUGGGCUUUGUGGAGAAAAUUGACGAAGAUGACCCCCUGAGUUUUCACUCGAUUAACUCCAAUAGGGAGAGACGGAACACGAAUGAAGAAGGUGGUGGUGCUAGUAACGAUUAUGCGAAUAAUUUACACACCCCUUAUGGGAAUGAAAGUGGUGGUGGGAGAGGAUCCGCCACGGAGGGCAAUGGGGAUAACCGUGGCAGCAAUAGACAGGGCAACCGAAGCAAUGGCAGCGGCUUCUUCGGAACAAGUGAAAACUUCUUUAACGAUUUGAUGAUGUUCAGAAAUGUGUAUCAGCAGAUGUUCAACACGAAUUUGAGGCCCAGUGAUGCGGACAUCCAUUUUACCGCCAACUUUGGUGGCCCCGCCUCGGAGGGGGGAAUGCCCGAUAGUGCACCUCGAAAUGAUGCGCAGGGUAGGGUCUUCUUCGGGAGGAACUACAUAUACAACAAUGGCGGCGCCGACAGUGGAGGAGGGGUCGGCGGGCUGGGUGCCUUUGGCGGGUUGGGCGGAUUUACCGGGUUCACCGGGGUUAGCGGCGCGGGGGGCGUCGGCCGGGUCAGUGACAGCGGGGGGGAUGGAGGUGCCACGAGUGGAAGCCGUGUUGGAAGCGGUGUUGGAAGCGGUGUUGGAAGCGGUGUUGGAAGCGGUGUUGGAAGCGGUGUGGGAAGCGGCGUUAGUGCCAGCGGCGUGAGUGCCAGCAGCGUGAAUGCCAGCGGAGGGGCGAGCAGGAACCCCAGGAGCCCCAGAAUCAUCACCCGGGCAAUUGACAUCACCAACAUCCCCCUGAACUCCCCAAUCAGGCUGAACUUCCACGACUUGAUUGACAACAUACUAACCAACUCAUUCGACAAUAUUUCUUUAGACCAAGUGUUGACCAUCAUCAUGGAGAGUGAUCCAUCCAGAAAUGGACCCCCACCUGCAUCCGAAGCAAUUAUAAAAAAUUUGAAAGUUGAGGUGCUAACCAAAGAAAGAGCAGAGGAGUUAGAAUCAUGUGCCAUAUGCAGAGAGGAAUAUAAAGAAAAUGAUGAGGUACAUAGGGUAACAGAUAAUGAGCGAUGUCGGCAUGUUUUUCAUUGCUCGUGUAUCAUUCCGUGGUUGAAGGAGAGAAAUUCGUGUCCCACUUGCCGCUUUGAACUUCCCACGGAUGAUCAGGAGUAUAAUUGUAAGCGGGAGGAACUACGGGAAAGGAUCAACUCAGAAAUUUCUCGCAACAACACGUUUGGAGGUUCUAAUGGGGUUAACACGGAGAGUACCUCCGUGAGUAACAAUGCCGUUGGCAGGAGUGACGCUGGUGGAGGUAAUAGUGGUUGUCCGCAGGGGAGCAACGAGGGUGCCCCGGGGAAGGAGGAGUCCCCUGCUGGGGAGGCAGCCCCGUCGGCAAACAGGCACGAUGGUGCCACUGUUCAGGGUGGCGGCACUACUGCGCAGGGUAGCAGCACUACUGCUCAGGGUAGCGGCACUACUGCUCCGGGUAGUGGCACUACUGCUCAGGAUGGCAGCACUACUGCACAGUCGAAUGACCCCUCAGCACAGCAGACCAGUGGCUCCGGCUUACUCGCGGAGGAGGGGGGGGAGAGAUACAUCCCCGUCACGGAAGAAUACGACAUCAACCUGGUUGAGGGAUUUGCAUCUGCACAGACGCAGAGCAUUAUACAAAAUAUUUUCAAUACGUUUAUACUUGGAGGUAACGAUACAAAUAGGGGAGUCGGGUUUGUCUCCGCGCCGCAAGUGUUUGCCAGAAGCAGCAACAGAAAUUCGGAUAGCCGAAAUGUGCAUGAGUGGGGUCAGGGGGGAGUAGCACAAGUAGCAGAAGCCGCAGAAGUAGGAGAAGUAGCGGAAGUCGCAGAAGUAGCGGAAGGUCAAGUGGAGGGGCCCUCUGGCGAGGGAAGCGCGUCGAAUGGGAACGGCGCGAGCCCUGCCGAGGAGGGAAACCGCGCCGGUAGUAAUAACAAUUCGAGCGAAAAGGGAAGCGGAGGUACCACAAAUCUAGGGGGCGGUAGUACACGCGAGAACCUCGCGGGAGGGAUGCACGCCAACGGAUUGCGCGUAAGGAGCAGGGUGCACGAAUCGGUACCCGGGGGACUCCACACAACAGACAACGUGUUUGACCCCGCGAGGAUGUUUGAUGUUGACAGCAGUUUGAACUUUGGCCAAGGGGGUGGCACAGACAGUUUGGGAGAUCCUACACGGGGGGGUAUCCGGUCGACGAAGAUUACCGGGACGACCGAGUUUGAGCCGGUGGCGGGGGCCAACCAGGAGAAUCCAUUCGACUUGACAGUCGACGGAUUUGAGACCUCUGCUUUUAUGAAUGCUGCACAUGCGUACGUGACAAAUAGGGGGAAUGAUUCGCAGCGGCAGGAAGGGGGAUUCGUGGAUGGCCAAUUAAGCAAAAACGGACUUAGGGAAGGAGACCCAGAUCCGGGGGGUCCCUUUAGCCAAAGUGUGCCUACAAACAGGAAACCAAGUUGCAACGUGUUCAACGGUGAGGGGCCUUCCACAAGCGGCACUGGUGUGAAUGAUGCUAAUCGAUCGAAUGGUGCCACCUGCCAUGAUAAGCAGAAGGGGGAUACCAAAAGAGAUGCCACACAUGCGGAAUCGUGUGCUAAAAGUGAUGACUGUUCUGGGAGCCCCAGUGCGAAGGGCAGCAGUAGCAGUGACCCCAAGGACAAGCAAAGCGGAAGCGUUAGGAGUGCAUCGAAGAAAAACGAAAAGAGGAUUUACGAAAAAGUGAGCUCAGCGUAUAGCAACGGAAGCAACAGCAAUAACAGCUCGGGGCAAUGCAAGGAGAGUGACAUCGAAAAGGAAAAUAUGAGGAAGAAGUCGAAGAGCAGUCAGCAUGUGGAUGGGCGGAAUAAUUGCAGCUCGGGUAGCGGCGUUGAGGGGGGCGCGGCAGAGGUGGCGGCAGCGGAAGAGGCGGGGGACGCCAGGAAUAGCCAGAAGAAGCAAAGCACAGUGAAGAAGUACCUGUUCGAUAGGCUGCACUGGCUAAAGGGGUACGACGGCAAGGAUAAAAAGAGGAGCGAAAAGGGGCAUGACGAAAGCGGGGCGAACGAUGCUGGUGGUGCUAGCGGUGUUUGCGGUGUUAGCGGUGUUAGCGGUGGGAACGAUGCUGGCGGUGCCGGCGAGGCGAAUGCCCGUGAGGGGGGGGCAACCAAAAGUGCAGCCCACUCGGAGUCCACGGGAAUCAAUGAGGGAAGCGCAGCCCAUUCUGUAAAAGGUAACAUUGAGAGGGACGCUAUGCACCUGGACGGGGAAAACCAUGUUGGCGCGGGUAGGAUGAACGGAAAGGAGAAAGAAAGCGGCAGUGGUGAUGAUCGGAACAGAGGUGAUACCCAUGGCACAAAUGAAGAUCAACCCCAAGGGUAA